AUGAGCUCUCCAAUAAAGGAGAAUGACUUUUAUGACGCAAUUCAGUCUCCUAUAUUUGCUACACCCUCUAAGAGGAGGCAUGGGGUUAUGUCGUUCUCGCGUGAAUCAGUCGCAAGGUCUCCGUUGAAGUCACCGAGCAGAAGGGGUAUUAUGAGCGUUCAAUUGAGACCGCAGUCACCUUCUACGAGUGUAGUUCUAUCUCCUGUGAAGACACCGAGUGGCAGGGCAGGAUUGGCGUCGCCUCUGAAGAGAUCAAGCUCUCAGUUGGACCAAUCAGCUAAGAAGCGGGCCAUUGUGAAUUCCAAGGCAUAUGCGAAACUUAUGAUAGGUGACGAAGAAGACGGCGAUUUUGAUGAAGACAACGAGUAUUUGAACUACCAAGAUGAUAAGUUAGCAGAGGCUAUUAUCAAGCAAUCAAGAAACGAAGAUGGUGAUACCGAAAUCGCGUACGGAAGUGACGUAGAGUUCGAAGAAGACUUGACCGAAGUAAAGGUAAAGCCAAAAAGGAGUAUCACUAGAAGGAAAGUGCUUGUAGAAAUAAAUGACGACGAGGGAGAUGAUGACGAUGACGCCAUAGUGCACUUAGAGUCAUCAGACAAUGAGUUAGAACUCUCUGACGACUCAGAUGAUGAGUAUAGUCGUCCAAAGAGAAGAAGAAAAAUCGAGAGCAUCCAGCCAGCGAAGAGGACUAGAACAAGAUCUACACCUAAAACAUCACCAUCCAAGGUAUUUCAGUCAGAUGCAUCACCUUCACCUUCUCCUACACCGAAGAGAAAGGUUGGUAGACCCAGUAAGGCUACUGAAUUGAUUGGGAAAAUUAAGAGUAUUUUUCACAUGGAUGAUGAAGAGUUUUUUCAGGAGAAUAAGUCUCCAGUGAAGAAACAAAGCCAAAGGGGAGGAAGAGCUUUUAAUGAUGACUCUGAUGGUGACGACGACUUCGAUAUUUUCUCUCAAACUUUAGGCUCGAUCAGCACUGAUGUAAACACCACUGCUCCUAUAAUAAGUGGUAUCUCCAGGAAGAUUGAUGGAAAGGAGGCGGAUGACAAUUCAUUUGCAAAGAAGUUCGAACCGAUGCCUAUACCGAAAGUAAAUGUAGACGGUACAAUCCAGGAUGAAGACUUUAUUAAUAAAUAUAUAAAACCAAUGGCGGAUAUCAAACACUUCAGGUUAGCGGACGAUGGAGCCAUUUUUAUGGAAGGUACAGAAGGCUACUUUGAGCAGCAUUCAGUUAGAAGUAGGGCCAGUGGAAAUUCACUCUCUCAAUUUGCUCCCCCACUAGAAUACUCAGAGUUUAUUCCAUACGUGAAGCUAGGACAACUAUUUCAGAAUAAUGAGAAGAAGAUUUUGUACAAGUUGCACACCUUGCUAUACCACCAGUGGUGCUUUGAAUUAUCGCAAGGGUUCAACUUGAACUUCUAUGGAACAGGUUCCAAGCGAGAAUUAAUGCUUUCAUUCUUGGAAGAUUUCUUUUUCAAGUGGUACGAAGAUUGCUGGGAUAGAACUAAUGAGCCCCAGGUAUUGGUAGUUAAUGGAUAUAACCCUGCAGUGAAAUUUAAGCAGAUUGUUGGUGACAUUGUAUCAGUAUUUAUCCCACAAGAAAAAAGGAAGAAGGAUAAUAUUAGGUUCCCUAAGCAUGUGCUGGAAACUGUACCAUUUUUGGUGAAUUACAUUGAAAGCAAGAGAGGAACCAGCUCCAAGAAGAUUUCCCCCAAGGUGAUAUUAGCAAUACAUAGUAUUGACGGGCCAGGUUUAAGAGACGAGAAGACACAAAGUUUGCUCUCGCAGCUUUGUUCCAUUCCAGAAAUAUGGUUGAUCUCGUCGUCUGACAACAUCAAUGUAUCAUUAUUGUGGGAUUUAUACAAGUUAAAGAAUUUCAACUUCAUAUUCCAUGAUCUUACCACAUAUGACUCUUUCAAUACUGAGGUUUCUUUCAAAGAUAUCUUAAGCAUGGGUAGAUCCACCAAGCACAAUGGAAACAAGGGUGCCAAAUAUGUUUUGAGUUCAUUAACCAUGAAUGCAAAGAAUUUGUACAGGGUCUUAUUGACAAAGCAAUUGGCGGUUAUGAAGGAACAACCAGGAAGCAACGCAGCUAGAAAUAUCUUGAAGGGUACAAUAAAACUCGGAAUAGAGUUUAAGAGUUUCUACAAUGCAUGUUUAGAGGAGUUCAUCACCUCAAACGAAAUCAGUUUUAGAACUAUCCUAAGCGAAUUCAUGGAACAUAAAAUGUGCAAUUUGGUAAAGGAUGACAGUGGAACAGAGAUUGUCUUUAUACCCUUUUCCUACAGUGAGAUGGAAAAGUUGUUACAAGAGUUUUAA